UGUGAAUCGACAAGGGUCUUCUACUUACACUCGGAGUGCUGAGAAAUGAAGUCGAGAAGACACGGUUUUAAUACCUUCUUAAUAUUCCAAUUUUUCUGUUGUACAUUAACAACUGGAAAAGAUUGUUCUAGAGAAGGGGAACCAUUGGAAUGCUGUGUAAACAAUUAUGAAGUCAACGGAAAGUGUUUAGAAUGUCCUGACGGGUGGUUGGGCUUCAACUGUUCUGUUCCUUGCACUGAUGACUAUUAUGGCAGAUUCUGUGUCAAUGUCUGUAACUGCAGCUCUGAAUAUCAGUGCCACCACGUAAAUGGAUGCGUACUUUUAUCUACUGUUUCGGACGAAAAGAUAGAGCCAAACAUGUACAAUGAUGAUGAGAAUGUUGUUUCAAUGUGGGUGUUGAUUUCGGUAAUCCUGAUUACGUUACUAAUUUGUGGAAGCGGGACUGCUGUUGCAAUAAGGACGGCUAGGAAAAGGAACUUCUGUUUUGAUGUUUCUACCCCUGUAACGUUAACUGGACGGAAGACAAUAGAAGCAUAUUCCAUUCAAAGAUUAAGCAAAUUUAAUGAACCAAAGGACAUCAGUGACGAUUUACAAUACGCUGAAAUAGUUAGAGAUGGAACCAAAUCGAAAUAUAAUACCGACAAAAGCUCUUCCAAAUCUGAGAACAACUACUUCGACCAGAAUUCCUCUGAGCCCAAAUCUAAUGGCAACAUAUACAGUACACACAUCUUACCUGAUGCAGAUUAUGAUAAACUACAGUUUCAUCCCCCAAAUGAUGAAGUUCUUCAUAACGAACUAGACUUGUAUGAUGUCACCGUCCAAAAAUCAUAGUAGAUGUUUUGCACCAUUAACUAUUUAUAUGCAUGUCUAUUCAAAUACUUGUAGGACACUGGUAUUAUAUUGCAUUCAUAUGCAAAUAUUUUAUUUAUUUGAUCUCCUGAUUAAUAUCGGGUAUCUUGAACAUUAUUUUUAAAGACAACGAACAAUGGGCGAAUAAAAUAAAUUUAAUGUUCAAAAUAAAACCUAAUAAAUGUACCACGGCCCAUAUUAAUGUUUUAAAUACUCGAAAUGAGUCUGUCAUACGCUGUUGAUGGGAAUUUUUCGGUUAACAUCAAUAAGCAGAUCAUCAGUGAAACAUCUAAAAUCUACUAUAAAACAAUAAUUCAUUAAAAUACCUAGUGCAUUUCAAUUUUCUUAAAGUUACUCUUUAACAAAAUGAAAUUAAGUUCAUAUGAUAAAUCUUAAUUGCAAAUAAUUUGGUUCAAGUACAAGACGUCAUUGUCGUUUGUUGUUUUAAAAGUAAGUCUAUUAUAUAUUCCAGUUUGAUACGAUUCAUGUAUGAAUAUUUAAAAUUGUUCAGAUUAAUUUGGAAUGUUAAUAAAGUCAUGUUUCGAUUAAAAACUUUAAAUGUCAAUAAAACAAAUUUUGAAAGAUCAUUUGUGUGCUCAUUCUCUAUAG